AUGGCCGGCAUUCUUGCAAAUGGCACAGCUGUGGUUACGGGAGCGGGCUCGGCCACCGGACGGGCUAUAGCACUUGCAUUUGCGCGGGAUGGAACCUCCAACCUGGCCAUCGGAGACCUGGAUUCGACUGAACUCCAAGAGACCAGCAAACAGUUGAAGGAGCAAUACCCAUCCCUCAACAUACUGGCAGAGUCGAUAGACAUCAACGACGAGGGCUCAGCCGCCCGGUUCUUUCAACAGGUGGUCGACAAGUUCGGUCGCAUCGACUUCGCCGCGAACAUUGCCGGCCAUGAGCCACCUGUCGCAGGUGCCCACGAAGUGGAAGAUGCAGAUUUCGACCUGGCCUUCGAGAGGAAUCAGCGAGGUAUCUUCUUCUGCUCUAAGCCGAUUCUGGGCCAUAUGCUCAAGCAACAACCCCUCGAGGGACACGUAACCAGGGGCAGUAUUGUGAACGUCACGAGUAUCGCGUCGACCGCGGCACUGCCAGGCUUGCACGUCUACUCGGCGACCCAGGGAGGUGUUUUUGGUCUGAGCAAGUCGGAUGCCUACGACUACGCCGGUGACCGGAUUCGGGUCAACGUGGUGGCUCCCCUCCUCUUUUCCAACAAGGAGGUAUAUGCCAAGCUCGAGGAACAUCCCUUCAAGCGCUACGCCACACCCGAGGAUGUUGCCAAUGCGGUGGUGUUCCUGUCUGGGCCUCGAGCUGCCUUUAUUUCCGGUAUUGCUCUCCCUGUCGAUGGUGGAUUUCAUUUGAAGACAGGGGGCCCUCCUAGAUGA